GAUGUUUCUUGGUGACUGAGCCCCUUCAAGGGUUGAAGACUGGAACUGAGAGUGCUUAUUAAAGGAUUUGAUCAUUGGGUGGAGACCUUAAACCAGGUGAUUCAGUUUAAUGGGUACUAUGAUGGAGUCUCCAAGGAGUGAUAGAGACAGAAUCAGCAAUCUUCCGGACCCUCUUGUCCAUCACAUCCUCUCUUUCCUUGAAAUGAAAGAACUUGUCAAUUUGUCCCUUACCUCGAAACAGCUAAGAGAAUUCUGCAUAUCCACUCCCUUCUUGACUUUGAAUGGCUUGCUAUGCGAAGAUAGACGAUAUCUGUUGUUAAAUUCGGUGGACAGAUUGUUGGCUUUCCGAAAAGGAAUGAAGACCGAACGCAUAUCUAUUCUCUGGCCUUUUGCUGCUGCCAAUGCUAAUGAAAAAUUCCGUGUUCUUAUGUGGCUCUGUAAUGCAAUAGCAUGUAAGGUUCAAUUAAUUGAUCUCCAAAUAAUCCUCCAUGGUGAAGAUGUUUUCUCGUUGCCGGCUCCUGUCUUUCUUUCUGAAUCAUUGAAGGAAUUAAAAGUAAAUUUGCAGGGAGGCCGUCUUGAUAAAUUUCCCCUCUCAGGGGGUUUUUGCAAUCUCAAAUCCUUAUCUUUGAUAGAUCUUCAAAUUAGCAAUGAGGGUUUUGGAGGGUGGAUUUCAUCUUUCUGCAAGCACCUUGAGAAAUUAUUGCUUGAGAACUUUGAUGGGGGAAAGAAUAUUAUCAUCAAUAGCCCCACUCUUAAGUCUUUGACCAUUAAACCUUACUUCUCUAGUAAUCUGUGCAAUAUUAGCAUAUCAGCAGAAAAGCUCAAUGACUUUAUCUUGGAUUGGAAAUUUCAUUUUUCUAAAGGCAAGUCAUUGAAAAUCAUUGCACCAAAUCUUGAUUAUCUGAUGUGGGAUGGACAUCUCGUGGAAUUUAACUGCUUGGAGAACUUCAAGCAUCUGGAACGUACUGUAAUCAGACAAACACAGUAUCCUUCAUUAUAUAGGCUUGAUUCUUCUAUCAAUCAGAAUUUGUCAAGACUACUUCAUAGCAUUUGCACAUGUAGAGCUCUAAUUUUAACCGAUGAAUGUAUUAAGGUUUCGUUUAAGCAGGGCUGUUUACCAUCUCUCUUCCAUCGUUUGAGUUGCUUAUAUUUAUAUACCGACAAUGUAAAUGAUGAUUUGGUGCCUGCUGUAGCUUGCUUUCUCAAAGGAACACCUAAUCUGAAGACUCUUCACAUAAAAAAAGACAACAACUUCUGCCUUUCUAGUUUAACUCAAUCAGAAUCAUACGAUGCAUUUACUGUACGAUAUUGGGAAUCUCAAAAACUAGAUUUUGUUCAUCAAUUGGAGGAAGCAACAGUAGAGCUUUUUAACAGAGGGGAUAAUGAGUUGGAGCUCAUAAAGUACUUGCUCAAGCAUGCCAGAGCUUUGAAGAAGAUGACAAUCCUUUAUUUAUCUCUCCUUCCAUUAGUGUUCAAUACAGAGUUUGAUGAUUACAGGAAGACUUCUACUGCUGAAAUAGUUUUCGAUCGAGUGCCUGAGGAUGAUGCAUAAGAAAGGUUUCCAAUGCAAUAUAGAAAAUUAACUCAGUAGACUGAAGACAUAUAAGAUACUAGGAAAUUUACAGCAUUAUUAGGAAUAAUAUCUUUUUGGCAAUACUAAAUCUUAAGCCUGUGAUGCCAUCAAGUAGAAACUGUUUUCUUUAUGGUUUAUGCUUGUGAAAUUUAUGAGAUGAGAUUGUUUCAGAUA